AUGGCCGGCCGUGGACGAGAGCUCACGUUGCCUGCAUGGAUGAAGAAACAGCAGGCUGAAGAACCCGCACCAGAUAGUAUUGCGCCUUUGUCUCAUGGCGGUGCGUACGCUCUUCCUUUUCCGUCACAACACCCACAAAUGCCUCCAUCAGCGCCGUCACAGUUCGUCGAUGCUCCGGCAGUCAUGAAUGGCAGUAGCGUCCAUACUGCGGACGACGGCCGACGUCGCAGUUCGCAUCGCAGCAGUCGUCGCAGUCACUCGCGCUCAUCGCAUCGACGAGACCGCAGUCGCAGUAAGGAACGACCCUCGACGCGUCAUCGCUCAUCUCGUGACCGUCGCAGUCGCAGCCGAGAUCGCGAACGCCAUCGGUCUCGUGAUCGUUCGGAGCGGCGCUCGUCCAAACGCAGUCGCUCACGCUCGUCGUCGCGUGUGGUUCGUCGUCGCAAGAAAUCCAACUUUGACGUGCGUCCACCAGGAGUAACGGAGGAGAACGCCGCUGCCUAUGCGGCGCAGGCGAUUCUGCAGCAGAACAUGGCGGCACUGUCCGGAUCCGUCGGCCCAGCAUCUUUCGGAGCUCCGCAGACCUCAACGGUGCCAAUUGGGAAUGCCCCACAGGCGCAACCGAUGUAUUCCCAUUCGCAUCAGGCCAGCCCGGCAUACGCGUUCUCCGGCCAGUCUCAGCAGACACGUCAUGCACGCCGUCUGUAUGUUGGUGGUAUUGGCGAAAUCUCGGAGUCAGAGAUCACUGUGUUCUUUAAUGAUGUCAUUGACCGCGCGCUGGGUGAGAAGCAGGAAGGUGGCUCCGUUGUGUCUGUCUACAUUAAUCGCGAGCGUCACUUUGCUUUUGUGGAACUGCGCACUAUUGAGCUUACUACGGCCUGCAUGAACCUUGACGGCGUAUCGUACAACGGUCAACCGCUGAAGAUCCGCCGGCCAAAUGACUACAAUCCGGCUACCGUUCCGAAGGAUCUAGGACCGAUUCCAGAGCUUAAUUUGGCAGCUCUGGGCAUUGUGUCUACGACAGUGAGCGAUGGUCCAGGUAAGAUUUUUAUCGGCGGUCUACCAUACCACCUCAACGAGGAGCAGGUGAAAGAGUUGCUGCAAGCAUUCGGUCCGCUGCGGUCAUUUCAUCUUGUCAAAGAGCUUAGCUCCAACCUGUCGAAGGGCUAUGGGUUUUGCGAGUACAUGGAUAUCAAUGUGACAGAUGCGGCAUGCAUCGGGCUGAACGACAUGCGACUUGGUGACAAAACGCUUACGGUACGCCGAGCAAUGUCGCAAGAAAAUGCUAAGGCUGUCGCCAGUGCUGCAGGUACAGUGAACACGGGCUUGGAGUUGGGUCUAGAUCCAUCGCGUGCUGCGAUACAGGCUAUGACCAUGGCAGGUAUACCGAGUGUGCCGCUGGGCACCCCCUCUCGUGUCAUCGUACUGCUCAACAUGGUGACACCGGAAGAGCUUGAGGACGAGGAAGAAUAUGCUGACAUUUUAGAUGACAUAAAGGGUGAGUGCGAACGCUUUGGUACCGUGCCAUCGCUUUUGCUUCCGCGCCCGCGUGACGGUAUCCCCAGCGCCGUCGGUAAGGUCUUUGUUGAGUUUGGCGAUGUGCAGGCGGCCCAGGGUGCAGCCACGGAACUGCAUGGUCGCGGGUUUUCAAACCGAACGGUGGCCGUCGAGUAUAUGGAUGAAGGAAAGUAUGCGCUGCGGGAGCUUGCUUAG